CAGGAGAAGAUGGCAGCGGUCUCUGCGCGGCGGCAAUGGACGGCGGCAGCUCUCUACCCGCUGCUGCUCCGGUGUUCUACGGCGAAGCUGUGCGCAGGUUACACGACUGCGGCGGCGGCUCCUCAACGUGGCCUGACUGCACGCGGACGGCGGAUUGGCGGUGGGUUCGGUUCUGCACUAGACGAUGACGGCGGCGCUACGAAGGGACGCUGCGGCGGCUCGCAGACGAUGGCGAACACCUGCACAGCUCUCCCCCUUCUCGAACAGGCGGCGUAGAUCUGGGCAGCGCGGCCUGCUGCUCGCGAAGCCCUACCCAACGACUGCGGCGGUCGACGGGAGACCAAGGCUGCGCGACGACGGCAGCGAGGCAACCCCAAGGCUGCGGCUCUCUCCCCUGCUGCGCGACUCACUCCGGCGCGGCCCUCACAACGGCGACUGUUCACAGAUCCCAAAACCUAGGUGACAACUCACAAUUUGUGCUCUCGUGUUGUAGAAUCAGGCUCCGAUACCACUUGUUGGGAAUAAACGCACGCGGAAACAACACACAAUCACGAAUCAACUGCAGAAAAAUAAAUGACACAGGAUUUAACGUGGUUCGGCCGCCAACUGCAACCUACGUCCACACGGGGCAACUAGGAGGAUUUUAUUAUUUGUUGUUGCACCACAAUUACAAGCACAUUAGCAUCUCUUAAAUAGAGAAUAAUUAGGAGAGCACAAUGAUUAGGGAAGUUAGAAGCUUCUAGGUAGUUUCCUGCCAAUUUCCUGUUAGUUUCCACCUAGCUUCCUGGCUUCACACUCAACAUAUGAUUUGUGUUUUUUAUAUUUAUUUGUGUUUUUUCAUGGCCUAUAUGAUAAAAUAAAAUAUUCUUGUCACCACNAAACGCACGCGGAAACAACACACAAUCACGAAUCAACUGCAGAAAAAUAAAUGACACAGGAUUUAACGUGGUUCGGCCGCCAACUGCAACCUACGUCCACACGGGGCAACUAGGAGGAUUUUAUUAUUUGUUGUUGCACCACAAUUACAAGCACAUUAGCAUCUCUUAAAUAGAGAAUAAUUAGGAGAGCACAAU